AUGGCUAGAGUGACUGGGAAUGGAGCUAUUAUUCGGUUUUGGCACGAUGUUUGGUGCUUGGAUGUUCCUAUGAUGGUGCAAUUCGGGAGAUUGUUUGCGCUUGCUUCUAAUCAAAACUCUUUAGUUAGUGAUUAUUGGUCUCCAACGGGUUGGGUUUUUGCUUGGCGCCGUGAUAUUAGAGGAGGGGUUGAACAGGAGCAGCUUACGUCUUUGAUGUCUUUGUUGGAUGACUAUCAUCUUGGCGUGGAGUUAGACAAAUGGGUUUGGAAUCUUGAUAAUUCAGGACACCAAGAUGGUGUACCAAAUGUGGUGGAUACUGGGGAGGUGAAGUUCAAAACCAUGACCUUUUGGAUGAACAACGAUGGAUAA